AUGGCCCGUAGAAGCAGACGUGCCGAAGAGUCAAGUGACCCUGCGAUAAAGUUGUUUGUGAUCUCCAGCGCCUGGCCGUGCAAGCCGACGCAUUCGCCUUUGCAGCCCCUCGUCUUGCUGCACGGAGCGACGGGUCCUGUGGACUUCACGGGUCCAGAAAGUGCAUGCCACCAGCACAUAGGGCUGGCGAGGUCGGUCUUGCGACGCGACAAAAACGACCUGCUCUUCGUGAUAGAUGUAUCUGACGUUGCUUCACGCCAAGAUUGGCAAACAGGAGUGGUCCGGCCAGCAAGGUCCAGACGGAUGCUGGAGCGUUGGUUUGCCAAGUUCAAUCCCAGGGACGCCACGGUCAUCGCAUUCGGAAACGAUGCCGAGCUAUGGGUGCCGCUGGUGAGACUUCACGACGAGCAGCGCAUCUCGAAGCUGAUAGUUUGCAUCCUGGGCGCUGGAUUUAGCAUGGAAGCGCUGGUGGACGCAAUCGGUUCUCAGAGCUCAGUGUCAGGGCUUGACUUGGAGGAUCUACACUUCACGUUUGUGGACGUGCAAACUGGACAUAAUGUUACACUGUCGGCCGUGGAGAGCUUCCGAAGCUUGACCCCGUCUCUUCCACCUCAAGGCUUUCCUGAGGCAAUUUUUGCUUGGCAAUCUCUGGGACUGCAGUCACCGGUCUCCGCGGCUCCGGAAACCAUCCCUGCCGAUGUAGUGGCGCUGCUCAACAACAACUUAGAGCAGGAUGCCUCGUCUGGCACUUUCUCGACGCAGUUCCUGGCUCCAGGCAUGGCAUUUUCCGGUCUCAUCGUGAGCAUCCAGACUUGUGCCUAUGACGAAGAUGCGACUGUGUUGAGAGCGCUGCUAGCCGACGCGCAUGGAUCCGUGGAAGGCCUCUUCCCAACGACCAUGGCAAAAGCGCUUCUUCCAGGCAAGUCUGUGCCAGUUUCAGGGAGAGCCCUUUCGCUUCAAGGCCGCCUACUGGUACUUGGCCAACAAGUGACCUCAAAUCAAGGCCCGCGGAACGGCUACAUGCCGGUGUCAGACGGGAGGCGGAAUGUGUCGGAUGUUUCCAGAAAGUUCGGCUGCUUAGUCCUUAGAGGACGGAAGUGCGUCCUGGCGCGGGAUGCCGACAGGCAAUUGUAA